AUGGAUCAAGAAAACGAAAGAAAUAUCUCGAGAUUAUGGAGAACUUUUAGAACCGUGAAGGAAAUGGUUAGAGAUAGAGGGUAUUUCAUUACCCAAGAAGAAGUUGACCUAUCGUUGGAGGACUUCAAAGCGAAAUAUUGUGAUUCAAUGGGUAGACCACAACGUAAAAUGAUGUCAUUCCAAUCAAACCCAACAGAAGAAUCUAUAGCAAAAUUUCCAGAUAUGGGUUCACUAUGGGCUGAAUUUUGCGAUGAGGAAUCAGUUGGUGUCAAAACUAUGAAAAAUUUCGUUAUACAUAUUCAGGAAAAGAAUUUCCAAACAGGUAUUUUUGUCUAUCAAACUAAUGUCACUCCGAGUGCUAUGAAGUUGGUCCCAUCUAUACCACCUGCUACUAUCGAAACUUUCCAUGAAGCUUCUUUAGUUGUUAAUAUUACACAUCAUGAAUUAGUUCCUAAGCAUAUUAAGUUAAGUGAGGAAGAGAAGAAAGAAUUGUUGAAAAGAUAUAGAUUAAAGGAAUCACAAUUACCAAGAAUUCAAAGGGCUGAUCCCGUUGCAUUAUAUUUGGGUUUGAAAAGAGGUGAAGUCGUGAAGAUUAUCAGAAAGAGUGAAACUUCUGGUCGUUAUGCAAGUUACAGAAUAUGUAUGUGA